UCCAACUACUCCUUUCCUUGCUCAGAUCAGUAAACCUUCAUAUACCCCUCUCUCUCCAUCUCUCUCUCUCCAAGCUAAGAAAAGAAGAGAAAAGAAAGAAGAAAGAAAUGAAGAAAAUUUCUCUUAUUUUCCUGUGUUCUCUAUUAGCAAUUCUGCUCAUUUCAUCUCAGCACUCAACAUCUGCUCGUCGCCUGCCUCAAUCUCAAGAUGAGAAGAUAACAGAGGUAGCAGGUGAGAUGGGUCAUGCAACUCCAACCUUGAACCCACAAGAAGAAGAAGAAGACAUGGCCACUCUGAUGGGUUUGGAAGAAUGCAAGGAAAACGAUGAAGCUUGUUUCAAUAGAAGGAUGGUUGCAGAAGCUCACUUGGACUAUAUCUACACCCAGAAGAACAAGCCUAAACCCUGAAUUAUUUAGGACUUUAUAUAUAUAUACAUAAAAAUCGAUUAUAACAAUAUCAAAAGUAUAGUAAGAUCUAAAGUUCUUGAACUACUUGUGAAUUGUAAGAUCAGAAGGUUAUGAUUUUGUGAUAAAAGAGUAAAAAUUUUAUGUU